UCCAGAUAACUUGGGUUUUUACUCCUGUAACAACUGAAAUAACAAGUCUUGAUACAGAGAAUAUAGAUGACAUUUUAAGAAAUGCUGAUGUUGCUUUAGUAAAUUUUUAUGCUGACUGACCCCACCCACCUAUCCCAGAUGGGAGAGAUUUAAGAAUGCUAAAAGAGGAAAGAGCCACUUGAAAGCAAGAGAUUGAAGAUACAGAUUUGUCUCCUUGAUAUAUUCUAGGACAUCUCCUUAGGAAGUCAGGUGUCGUUUCAGCCAGAUGUUGCAUCCAAUUUUUGAGGAAGCUUCCAAUGUGAUUAAGGAAGAAUAUCCAAGUGAAAAUCAAGUAGUGUUUGCCAGAGUUGAUUGUGAUCAGCACUCUGAUAUAGCCCAGAGAUAUAGGAUAAGCAAAUACCCAACCCUCAAAUUGUUUCGUAAUGGGAUGAUGAUGAAGAGAGAGUACAGGGGUCAGCGGUCAGUGAAAGCACUUGCAGAUUACAUCAGGCAACAAAAAAGUGACCCCGUUCAAGAACUGCAUGACUUAGUAGAAAUCACCACUCUUGAUCGCAGCAAAAGAAAUAUUAUUGGCUAUUUUGAGCAAAUGGAUUCAGAACACUAUAGAGUUUUUCAAAAAGUAGCGAAUAUUUUGCACGAUGAUUGUGCCUUCUUUUCUGCAUUUGGGACUGUUUCAAAACCAGAAAGAUACAGUGGAGACAGUAUAAUCUACAAACCACCAGGGCAUUCUGCUCCAGAUAUGGUAUACUUGGGCUCUAUGACAAAUUUUGAUGGGAUUUACAAUUGGAUUCAAGAUAAAUGCGUUCCUCUUGUUCGAGAAAUAACAUUUGAAAAUGGAGAGGAAUUGACAGAAGAAGGACUGCCUUUUCUAAUACUCUUCCACAUGAAAGAAGAUACAGAAAGUUUAGAAAUAUUCCAGAAUGAAGUAGCCCGACAGUUAAUAAGUGAAAAAGGUGCAAUAAACUUCUUACAUGCGGACUGUGACAAAUUUAGACAUCCUCUUCUGCACAUACAGAAAACCCCAGCAGAUUGCCCCGUAAUAGCUAUUGACAGUUUUCGGCAUAUGUAUGUGUUUGAAAACUUCAAGGAUAUAUUAAUUCCUGGAAGACUCAAGCAGUUUGUGUUUGACUUACAUUCUGGAAAACUUCACAGAGAAUUCCAUCACGGUCCUGACCCAACUGACACAGCCCAAGGACAGGACGCCCAGGAUGUAGCAAGUAGUCCCCCCGAGAGCUCUUUCCAGAAACUAGCACCCAGCGAAUAUAGGUAUACUUUAUUGAGAGAUCGAGAUGAGCUUUAAAAACUUGAAAAACAAUUUGAAAGCCUUUCAAACAGCAGCAUCAACGUGGUGGAAAUAGUAAACCUAUAUUUUCAUAAUUCUAUGUGUAUUUUUAUUUUGAAUAAACUGAAAGAAGUUUUGGGUUUUUAAUUUUUUUUCUCCCCCGACUCAGAAUGCAUUGUCACUUAAUAUAGCCUCUUUUAAAAACUCUUGUAGGGUCCAAAACAAAACAAAAAAACCACAAACAAACAAGAAUCAGAGGCCUAUUACUUUAAAUCUGUCCUGUAAAAUUUUUAGAAAUUAAGUGAAAGGUGACAUUACCAGAAACAACCAUCAACUCGCACUACUAGAUCAGGGAGGACUUAGGGAUGUUUCCUGUGUACUAUGUGCUUUUUUUCUUCUCAUUACAUAUGAUCAGUUCUGUUGGUAUUUUCAUUAUCACAUUUCUCAAAGUUAAAGGGGCACAUAUUCUGGAUACUUGGGUGGGGAAUAAAUUAAAAUUUCCACAC